ACACAAAACAGAGAAAAUUCUGCUUCCGCUAUUGGAGAAAUUGACUCUUUGGUUAAAGAUCAGAUUCUGUGACGUGUUCUUAUGUUGUAUCUUUAAUUUAAAUUUCUGUUUAAUUGAUUUUAAUUGUGGUAAUUAAUUGUUCCGAUAAAGUUUAAAAAUGCCUGCUUCUCCUAGUGCAACUAAUGUCGGUGGUGGAAGUCGAUCUCCACGAGCAAUCACAUCUAGAACUUCUAAUGGAAGUGGUGGUGCAAGAUUAAGGAAAACAGGAACUAGCUCAUCUUCCACUGCAAGUCGAGGUGGUGGACCUUCUUCAGGGGGUAUGUGGCGUUUCUAUACCGAUGAUUCACCUGGAAUUAAAGUAGGACCAGUUCCCGUUCUUGUAAUGAGCUUGGUUUUCAUCGCUUCCGUGUUCAUCUUACAUAUUUGGGGUAAAUACACAAGGGCUUAAAAAGAAAAAGGAAAAAAAAAUAAUUAACCGUUUAAAGACCAAACACUUAAUGGAUUGGGAAUCAAAGUUUUUGAUGCAUUCAGCAAAUCUACAAGAUAAUUUUCUUUGUCAAUUUUAAAGAAGCAAAAUGAACCACCAAAAUAAGCAAAGAUUAUUAACAAAGAGAUGUGAAAGAAUUUUGUUCUUUUUUUCAUAAAUAUAUUGAUAUUUUAUUAAAUCUCGGAAUGAUAUAUGA